AAUAGAAUUCUAGUAAUAAAUUGAUUGCUUGAUACAAAAAUACAAGCAAAUCAGUCAUUUUGGAUAGUUAUAUAGUAUAAUUUGACGAUAUCGCAGAACUACAGCUUUUCAAAGGCUAUGCAAUGGAUCCAUUGUCAGCUUUAGGAUAUGUGGCAAUUUUUAUUGUCAUUGCUGUUGGACUCUAUUACUUGGGUACUCGAAGUGCAAGAAAACUUGAAGAAGCCUUCCCGGGUCUUCCAGGACCCAAACCAUGGCCCUUCAUCGGUCACAUGCCAGAUAUUCUGAGAGUAAAAGGACAACUGCAUCUGUUCUUUGAAGAACAAUUCAAGAAACAUGGAAGAUUAUUCUCGAUGAUUUUUGGCGCGGGUUCGCCUGCUCUGGUUGUCUUAGAUCCAGAGAUGAUCAAGGACAUCCUAGUGAAACGCUUUGAAUGUUUCCACGACCGAAGUAACACUUUCAAUCUYCCCAAACCUUUAGACAAAGCAUUGACCAUAGUACCUGGGGAGGACUGGAAACGAAUUCGCUCAGCUUUAUCCCCAUCAUUCAGUGCGCACAAGCUCAAGGGGAUGACCUCACUUAUAAACUUGGCAUGUGACAGGUUAAUCAGGAAAGUCGAACAAGCUGCUGAGUCGAAGCAAAGUUUUGAUGUCAUCAGMUUCCAACARGCCGUUACCAUGGAUUCUAUAAUGUCUGCAGCGUUUGGUAUUCAAACCGAUUUCCAGGAUAAUCCAGACGACCCUGUCCUUCAAACGGCCAUUCGAUCCAUGAARCCAAAUGCCAUUUUGCAGUUUCUUGSAAAUGCUUUAAUACCUCUGCUUCCAUACGGUCAAGAUUUCCUUGUCUCAGAGAUAGGAAAAAAGAUAUUUUUCAAUGAUUUAUUGAAAAUGGCAGAUAUCGCCAAAGAUGUCGUUGAAGUAAGAAGAAAUGGGGAAGUUCGAAAGGACYUGCUAGAUUUGAUGCUUAAUGCAACCUCCGAGGAAGCUGGAAACAAGAAACUGGUCGACGAUGAAGUCAUUGCUCAAAGUGUCACCUUUCUAAUAGCGGGCUACGAAACGUCCAGUAACACCAUUGCCAUGACGUGUUAUAAUCUGGCAACCAACCCUGAUGUCCAGGAAAGACUUCAGAAAGAGAUUGACAGUGUUUGGACYGAUGAGGACACAAUGCCAUCAUAUGAAACUGUUCACGAACUYCCUUAUUUAGACAUGGUUAUAGCAGAGACACUUAGACUCUGCCCUCCAGCAUUCUUCUUGAUGCGCGCAUGUACAAAAGAAUGUAUCAUCAAAGGCCUUCGAAUUCCUAAAGACUCCGCAAUUGUCAUACCAGCCUACUCUAUACACAAGGAUCCCGAAUUUUAUCCAGAUCCUGAAAGGUUCGAUCCAGAGCGUUUCAAUGCCGUAAACAAGGAAUCACGUGAUCCGUAUGCGUAUCUUCCCUUUGGCCAGGGACCCCAUAAUUGCAUCGGGAUGAGGUUUGCAUUGAUGGAGAUGAAACUCGUUUUAACUAGAUUGCUGAAGAGAUUUUCGUUUGUUGUGACGCCCGAGACAAAGCCACCAGUCUUUGAAGCCAAGGUUACAUUAUGCCCAAAGGGUGAUGUAAUUCUUGGAGUUCGAAAACGAUAGAUGUAGGUACACUCUAUGAUGCCAAG